AUGGCUCCUUUAAGAGUAUUAAGUGAUUUUUCGGACGAUUUCCAAAACUCUUCAACUCAACAUCCAGGGGAGCGACAUCAUUUCAGGCACAGGAACCACUCGCGGGACCACGCAAGGAAUCAUUUCGUUGAUGUCAUAUCGAACUCUAUAAUGGAGGUGAUAAAUACGAGGUUCGUGCCGGAGAACAGCGUACUGCCUGACAUGGAGCCGCUGUCUACUCACAUGGAUGAAAGGCACCCGUUAAGGAUGAACAUAACGAUGAAUAGAUCUGACUUUGGCGCGAUUGACAAUGAAUUUAUGUAUAGACACAGUGGUGCGAUGACUGCAGUUUACUGUGUGGCAUAUCUUCUAGUGUUUAUCGUCGGCCUAGUCGGGAACUGCUUCGUGAUCGCUGUGGUGUACCGCUCCCCUCGGAUGCGAACUGUGACCAAUUUUUUCAUAGUGAAUCUGGCUGUUGCUGAUAUAUUAGUGAUCGUGUUCUGCUUACCCGCCACUCUAAUGUCCAACAUAUUUGUCCCAUGGGUGCUCGGCUGGCUGAUGUGCAAGACAGUGCCCUACGUGCAAGGACUGUCCGUGGCGGCGUCCGUCUACAGUUUAGUCGCAGUAUCACUUGAUAGAUUCUUGGCCAUCUGGUGGCCCUUGAAAUGCCAGAUCACGAAACGCCGAGCCAGAAUGAUGAUCGUCUUCAUAUGGAUCUUCGCUAUACUGGUCACUACGCCUUGGGUGUUUUUCUUCGACUUGGUUGUUGUGUUCGACGACAACCCUCACGUUCGUCUCUGCCUGGACGUCUGGCCUAACCCAAUCAGCGAAGUUCUCUACUUUGUCAUCGGAAACCUCAUAUUCUGCUACAUUCUACCCAUGGUACUGAUAACCAUGUGCUAUAUUUUGAUCUGGAUUAAGGUGUGGCGUCGGUCCAUUCCCACUGACACCCAAGACGCCCAAAUGGAAAGAAUGCAACAGAAGUCCAAAGUCAAAGUUGUAAAAAUGUUGGUAGCAGUCGUGAUUCUCUUCGUGCUGUCCUGGUUUCCACUUUACCUAAUCUUCGCAAGGAUAAAACUAGGCGGACCGGUUCAAAAGUGGGAGGAAGAAAUGUUCCCCGUAGUGACGCCUCUAGCUCAAUGGCUCGGAGCAUCAAAUUCUUGCAUCAAUCCGAUCCUAUACGCAUUCUUCAAUAAGAAAUAUAGGAAGGGAUUCGUUGCGAUUAUCAAAAGCAGGAAGUGUUGCGGCAGGUUGCGUUAUUACGAAACGAUCGCAUUACAAUCGUCAAGUACGUCUACGCGGAAAUCGUGGCAUUACAAUAACAACAACCACGCUUCGAUGACACGACGGUCACCACCGGUUGAUAAGAAUGCGGUAUCUUUCAUAUUCAAUAACACGGGUGUCUAA